AAACAAACACAUGGGGACCACCCUCAUUCAACAUUAGCAACCAACCAACCACACAUCUCCUCUCCAUCAUCAUCAUCAUCAUCAUCGCCCAAGACCACCGCAAAGCUAACAGCAAAUUUUCAUGGGCGAUGAUGAGCAGCAAGAAGGUGGUCCCAAGAACCUCAAGAACUACUGGGGCAACACCCCCGAGGAAGAAGACGACUACUUCCGGCAGCAGGGCGUCCGUGGCACCACGUCCUUCCACACCUCGCCGCGGGGCCUCACCCUCUUCGCCCGGUCGUGGCAGCCCCUGUCCGCCCCGCCCCGCGGCGUCGUCCUGAUGGUCCACGGCUACGGCAACGACGUCACCUGGACCUUCCAGAUGACCCCGAUCUUCCUCGCCCAGCAUGGCUUCGCCUGCUUCGCCUUCGACCUCGAGGGCCACGGCCGGUCCCAGGGCCUCCAGGCCUUCGUGCCCGACGUCGACCUCGUCGUCGACGACGCCAUCUCCUACUUCGACUCCAUCAAGAACGACCCUAGGUUCCAGGGAUUACCUCGGUUCUUGUACGGGGAGUCGAUGGGGGGCGCGAUCUGCCUGCUGAUUCAUUUCCGGGACCCUGUGGGGUACCGGGGCGCCGUCCUGGUCGCGCCCAUGUGCAAGAUCUCGGACAAGGUGAGGCCCGUCUGGCCGAUCCCUCAGGUCCUCUCGCUGGUCGCCAGGGUCAUGCCCACCCUGCCCAUCGUGCCGACCGCCGACAUCAUGAAGAAGUCGGUCAAGGUCGAGGCCAAGAAGGCGAUCGCGGAGAUGAACCCGAUGAGGUACCGGGGGAAGCCAAGGCUCGGGACCGUGCUCGACCUCCUGAGGGUCACCGACUAUCUGAACCGGAGGCUGGGCGACGUGAAGAUCCCGUUCAUCGUGCUGCACGGGAGCGAGGACGCGGUGACCGACCCUGACGUGAGCCGGGCGCUGUACCAGGAGGCCCAGAGCGACGACAAGGCGAUCAGAAUCUGUGAGGGAAUGAUGCAUUCGCUGCUGUUCGGCGAGACGGAGGAGAACAUUGAGGUCGUGCGCAGGGACAUCCUGUCUUGGUUGGAGGAAAGAUGCGAGCCAAGAUUAGAGAAUUAAUCGUUCAUGUUGUUGCAAAACGAAGCAUUUGACCAUUGCCUUGAUUGGAGAAUUCUCAUAACUUUGUAAUUUUCAAUUCCCCAAUUUGAUCGAAGGGACAAAUACAAUGCCUUCGUGACAUUCAUAAGAAGAGCGUGGUUUUCAAGCACAACCAUAGAACGCAGUUUGGUAGGUAAUAUUCUCUUCCACCCUA